AUGCCUCUCCUUAUCGCAACACUUCUCUUUGCUCUGCACUGUCUGUUGCCGACUUCAUGUGUGGCGUAUAGCUGUACGCAUAUCCCUGGUGGCCUGGUGCAGAUUGAUGUAGGUGUUGGACAAGUGUUCGGGGUCAACAAAAACGACAGCAUCUUCACAAGGUUUGGAUCGUCAUGGACACAGUUGCCAGGCAAACUGAAGCAUGUCACCGUAGGACCUGCAGGAGUCUGGGGAGCCAACAGAGCAAAUCUCAUCUUUAAACUUGUUGGGGCUGACUGGGUGACUGUACCUGGGCUCUUGAAGCAGAUUGAUGCUGGUGGAGACCAGUUUGUGGCAGGAGCCAAUCAUGGUGAUGCCCCCUUCUGUCUUCCAAAGGAGAACACAGUUGGCUACAGUGGAAGUAAUAGUGCUAUGAACUGGCGCAUCAUUCCUGGCGGCCUGAAGUACUACAGCUGUGGUCCUUAUAGCUGCUGGGGUGUUAACAGUGAUGAUCAAAUCUUUGUGAGGAAGGUAAGGCAUGAUUGUGAGGGGGACGAUCACUGGCAGGAGGUUCCAGGACGCCUGUCUAUGAUCGAGGUGGGAACUGACGGAUCUGUCUACGGAGUGAGUUCUAUAGGAGAAGUGUUCCGCAGGGCUUCCACGUCUGCCUGUGAACCUGAAGGUACCGGCUGGAGCCACAUUCCUCUCUACGGCGGACAGGUGAAACAUGUAUCCCACGAUCUGGGCCAUCUCUGGCUCAUCCUGAAGAAUGAUGCCAUCUAUGACUGCACUCACUGAGCACUGAGCACUGCUCUUCCACAGAGGCAGCCCUG